AAACAAAAAAAAAUUAAAGGCUCAUCUAAUGUCUUCUCCAUGUUCGAGCAAGCCCAGAUCCAGGAGUUCAAGGAGGCCUUCAGCUGCAUCGACCAGAACCGUGAUGGCAUCAUCUGCAAGUCAGACCUGAGAGAGACUUACUCCCAACUGGGGAAGGUAAGUGUCCCAGAUGAGGAGCUGGAGGCGAUGCUGCAGGAGGGGAAGGGCCCUAUCAAUUUCACCGUCUUCCUCACGCUCUUUGGGGAGAAGCUGAAUGGAACGGACCCUGAAGAAGCCAUCCUGAGUGCUUUCCGCAUGUUUGACCCCAGCGGCAAGGGUGUGGUGAACAAGGAUGAGUUCAAGCAACUACUCCUGACACAGGCUGACAAGUUCUCCCCGGCUGAGGUGGAGCAGAUGUUUGCGCUGACGCCCAUGGACCUGGCAGGGAACAUCGACUACAAGUCUCUGUGCUACAUCAUCACCCAUGGGGACGAGAAGGAGGAGUGA